CUGGCAGCCAGGCCUCAUGAGCUGCUGUUUCGUCGCCGCGGUCUGCAGGCCCUGCGCCCGCUGGAAGGUGCCCGGCCUGGGAGCUCCAAGACUACUUUCAGGAUUCUCUUCCAAUGGAUUUAGAUGGAUAUCAAGCUUGCCUCUGUCAUCACACUUGCCUGGACUCUUCAGAGCUUGGCAAAUAUUAUACUAUAACCGGACUAUCACCACAUGCAAAAGGUUUUUCACUCCCUCCAGGAAUCUGAACUGCAAGGAGAAUAAAGAAAAGAACCAAAGUCACCUUCAACACAGAGAACAAAGUAAUAAGGAUGAAGGUGGCUUUAGGGUAAAACAGGAUCUACCUCCAAUACCGCCUACCUGGUGCUGUAUGAAAGGGUGCCACAACUGUGUAUGGAUUUCAUAUGCAGAGGAGAUGUUGGACUACUACCAGAAUGGAGGACUAAAAGCCCUCGAGAUUAUUGAUAAAUAUGUUGAGGAUGAGAAUCUUAAAGCAUUUAUUAAAAUGGAAAUAAAGUUAAGAUACAAGAAAUAAU